AUAAAUACAAAAGAAAACCUUGUCUGGUCUCUUGUUUCGUCACUGACUCACUGCGGUUGCCUCUUCUCCUAUCUGUUGUGCACUUGCGCUCGGAACUCAGCUGAAACAAGGGCGAACUACAACUGAUAAACCCAUCUCCAUUUUCUAUCUCCAGGUGUUGUGAGUUGCUUCCUAAUUUCAGUAAAUUGAAGAUAGUUUGAUUGUGGUUUUGACAUCAGGGCUGUUGUACAUUGGUUAAAAUGUCUGUUUCGGGUUUAGCUGGUAGUCCUUCGGGUUAUUGUGUUCACUUGCCUGCUCGAUCCUCAAGAGCAUUAGAUGGACGACUUUGUGCCUUACCUCAGCUUACAAUAUCUGGGAGGCUCAUUCGACUUGAAGGAAAUUGCCUGGGUCAACUUAAGAGUAGAUAUUCCCGGCCUCGGACUCACUUGAUCAAGUGUGCUAUGGAUGCUUCUUUUGGUGAUUCUAUGAAUAACCAAUCUGAUGUCUUUCCAAGAAUCAAUAUAAAAGACCCACACAAACGACUUGGUAUAAGCACCGAUGCCUCGGAGGGAGAAAUUCAAGCAGCAAGAAACUUUCUAAUACAAAGAUACGCCGGGCACAAACCAAGUGUAGAUGCAAUUGAAGAAGCUCAUGACAAAAUAAUCAUGCAGACAUUCUAUGAGAGAAAAAGGCCGAAGCUGAAUAUUAAAAAAAAGGUAAACGGUAUUACACAGUCUCGGUAUGUGCAGGCGGUGACAAACAGGUUCCGGACUCCUUCAGAUAGCAAAUUCAUUGUAAAGACGUCUGUUGCGUUCUUGUUACUUGGAGUUCUAACCGUCCUCUUCCCCACUGAAGAAGGCCCUACUCUUCAGGUUGCCCUUUCUCUAGUGGCCACCAUAUACUUCAUUUAUAGCCGGCUGAAAAGCAAAGUUCGAGCUUUUCUUUAUGGGGGUGGAGCUUUUAUUUUCUCAUGGCUCUUGGGGACGUUUCUGAUGGUAUCUGUCGUUCCGCCUAUACUAAAAGGACCAACGAGUUUGGAAGUGACUACUUCUUUGUUAAGUUAUGUGCUUCUCUGGGUUGCUUCUACAUAUCUGAAAUAGCAUUAAUUUCCCAGUUAUCCAUGUUUUUGCAGGCUGAUUUUUUCCAUUAGGGUUUGUUAUAUGAGAGCAUUAUUUUCAGUAGAUUAUUUAUUGAAGGGUGUUUAUUUUUCUAUUGAAACAAAUGUAAUGUUGAUUAGGAUCAUACUUUUUUCCCCUUAACUUGUUAUUAUAGGGAUAUCAAAGGCUUAAAUUGGCCAUU